AUUACUUUGCAGUGUCAAUGAAAAAUCUGAAGGAAGAGGUUAUCGCCCCAGCUUCUUAUCAGCUUUUUUGGAGCUGAGGAGUUGGGUUGAUAACGUCUUGAUUGUUCUUUUUCGUGUUCUCUGUGGUCACAGAAUGAUGUUGGAAGUAGUUCUGGUGAUCAGCCCAAUUUUUACUCUGUUUAUUUCCUUCUAUUCAAGAAGGAUCCCAAACCUUUGUUGGAGUAAAGAACAUGGGCAAAACACCAAGCUAGUCCACAGGAGAUGGCGCAGAUUUUGGCACAGUUGGGUCCCGAUCUCCACCGGCGUCGGAGUCUCGGUGCUGGCUGUGCUACAAUGGCGCAGACUACAGAGAGAUAACGAGUACCCAGAACCUCUCGUCAAGGAAUUUCAGAUUACCUGUUACCGAUCUCUACCGUUGCGUCUGUGGUCUCGUACGUGGGGUUGGUUGUGUAACUGUCAUGUUCCGCUGACGUUGCGCUCCUACGUUUACGGCCUCUACUCGUCCAUGUACGGCGUUAAUCUUGACGAGAUGGCAGGAGAUCUCUCAGACUAUCCGAGCCUUGGACAGUUCUUCACCCGUCAACUGAAAGACGGAACAAGACCUAUUGACCCUGUUGACUGCAUUGUGUCUCCAGCUGACGGCAAAGUCCUCAACAGUGGCAGAAUAACUUCUUGCCACGUAGAACAAGUGAAAGGAGUAACAUACAACCUUCAAACUUUUCUCGGCCCACCUACCUGGAAGACUGCUAACUCAACACGAAGUAUCAACCGCUCGAAUACCAAAUUCACAGAAGCGACCCAUCUAGCGAGGACUGACGAGAACGACAAUGAACUCGUCAAAAGUAAAAUCAACGUUGAUAAUUAUAUUAUUCCCGAAACGUUUUGGGGGGGAGUGGAUGUGGUGAAGUAUCUGUUCAAAGCCCAGCAAGAGCAAGAAGAAUGUAUCAAGGAUGUGUGGGAUGAUUAUAAAUCACAACUUUUAUCAAACCCUGAGAACGUUCUGUAUCAAGCGGUCGUGUACCUAGCGCCCGGAGAUUAUCAUCGGUUCCAUUCUCCAGUCAACUGGAAAGUCAACUUCAGGAGGCAUUUCCAAGGAGAGUUGAUGAGUGUAAAUCCGCUAAUCGCUGGCUGGCUGCCGGGGCUGUACAGUCUGAACGAGAGAGUCGUCUACGUUGGACAAUGGAAACACGGCUUCUUCAGCAUGACUGCGGUGGGAGCUACAAGCGUCGGCUCCGUCAAAGUCUACUCUGACAAGACUCUUCAGACCAACACGUUCAGAUGGAGGGAUGGCAAACACAAAGACGUAGAGAUGAACUGUUCAUGGAGCAAGGGAGAACAGGUGGGAGAGUUCAGGAUGGGAUCUACUUUGGUGUUGGUGUUUGAAGCUCCAAGAGACUACAAGUUCAACUUGUGUCCCAACCAAACUGUGAGGGUUGGCGAACCUAUGUCUGGCUGUAAAAUAUGAAGAGGUCUGAGAAAAGACUGGAAUGUAUUUUGAGACUAGACGGUGAGUGAGACUUCUUUAUAUUUAUGACUCGUUGGUUUCGACUGGAGAUCUCAAUAUUCGCCCCAAAGCUGUAGAACAGGUAGUUUACCAGUUUGAGUUUUCCCUUUCAAAUAUCAAUGAGUGUGAAACCGAAAGUAUUGUUUCAAGAUGUAACAUGAAAGCCUAAAUCUUGCAAAAUAUCAUACGUAGUAAUCAUAUUAUUCGCAAACACUGUUUUUAUCAAUAAAAAAAACAUAAUUAUGGAAAUUGAGUGUCAAAACAUGUUAAAAGUCAUUGUUUAUAGAGAAUUGUCAAUGUUAAAAUCAUUCCAUCAUUACAGUUAUAACCCUUUAGUGCCUUGUGAAUAGUAUAUUAAUUUGGAUUUAAGUAAUUAACUAAUGAAUAGUUUUGAAAGCAGUGUUAUCUUUUAAGUUUGCUCAAUAUUGUGUAGGGUAAUCUAUCAGGGGAUUGAGCUCAUAAUGAUUUGGAAAAUCUUUUCUGGUCAUCUCCGGCUAACAUAGUUUAUAGUAUAGUAUAUAUUUAAUAGAAUCUAGAAACAGAUGUUAGUUAAAUGCUUUAGCUUGAGCCUAAAAUCACAAUCGUCUAAGUAAUUUGUAUUACAUGUGAUAAAAUUCAGAACAUAUGCUUGCCGAUUGAAGCAGAAUGAUUUAUGUUUUUUUUUAAAUAUAAGUUUUCUUAAACAGAAUACCUCGUUUUAACUGGACUUUGACGGACAAGUACUCUAGGUACAACAAAUAUGGAUAAUAUACAAUGGUUAGGCCUAAUGGAUAAAUAAAGCAAAAUAGGUCUACUGAAAGUUUCAUUCAAUUAAUUAAACUAAGUGAGAUGGAAAAAGUUGUUGACAUACUAGAAGUUAACGCAAAACGUUUUCCACUUGCACAUCCCUGUAGUUUUACGUUUCUUUGCGUAAACAAACAAAAACAAUCAAUAUUAAGUGUAUAAAAGUAUUUACUCUGAAUACUGCUAGUUUACUUUUGGUCCUAUUGUAAAAUCUUGAACGUGUUUUGAUAUACGUUUCCAUCCGGUUUGAGCACUGAUGUUGCGUAAAAAAUGGUCGACGAUUCAAUCCUGAGAGAAGUCAGUAGCAUUUUGAUGGUCCGAAAAUGGACCCAGCUGUCCUUGAUUAUUGCUAUUUUAAUAAAUGGCAAUAAUGAAACAGCUGGUCUUAGUCAGUAACAAACACACAAGGCAUCUCACAUCAUUCUAAACUCAUCCUUCCUUCAUAUUUGGGUUAAAAUACGCUUAUGGAUGGGAUUCCCAUCUCAGUUAGUAAUAACCUAAUAUUUUGAAUUUUAAAAUAUUACUUCAUGGUGAAUUUUAUUUUACUUUUCGAUCUUAAUAUCAUAGUAAAAUGGUUCACAAACACAUUAUUUGAUGUUCAAACGGUUCUAAAUUGGUUAUAAAGUACACAAAGAGUAAACAUCAUAAUGCACUGCAUAUUCUGAAAAUAACUGACAUUAAAUUGCCUUCAGCUGAUCUAUAAGAAUGAUAAAUCUGUUGUGGUGUUAAAUCUAUGAUAACGGUUAGGUUUUGUAAUAUUCUCCCAUUAAACCUCAGUCAGUCCUCCGUUUAAAUAUUAGGCUUUGAAGAAACUAUACUUUGAAUUUUACGUCUUGUUACAUUAUUAUUAUUGUCUGAAUAAAACAAGGUAUUCUGUAGAACGGCACUUAAAGGGUUAGUUUCUAUCAGUGUGAAUUCCAACAGUAUUUCUGACUCGUGGUAUACUAGACUAACAGUUCCUACUACGUUAGGUGGGUUAGUUAACCUCUGUGAGGCGAUGAGUAACUUAUUUUAAGAUUUUAUUAGAGACAAAUCAUAAAAAUUGUGACAAAAAUUCUUAUCCGGUUUAAGAGUCUUAGUGGAAAAAACCCUAAUUGGUUUCAACAAUGUGGAAUUUUUAUACAGAUAUUUAUAAAUCAGUACCCUUGUAUUAGUUUAAAAUUAAUUUAGUUAUUGACGUAUUUAUAGGAAUAUUUUCCUAUGUUUACACACUUUUAUACAGAUUGUAACUUAUUGUGGUAAGACUGGUGCCAUUUGAAAGAGAAUGUGAUAUGAUAAAUAAAGUAUA